UGACACGUAGAUCAGCAUAGAAAUGAUUGUCUUGGCACAGCCCCAUCUCACAGAGGCUGAAGGGAUAAGGAAAAUCUGAGAGAGAAGGCUCUCUCUCUCUCUCUCUCUCUCUCCCCCUCUCUCCUCCAACACAGUCAGUUGCGCUCUCUUCCUCUGAAAUGAACCUACCAGAAAAACAGGUUUCAGAAUCAUUGCACUUAAGAUGCUAAUUUAUGGCCCAAAAACUCCAACCCUUGUCCAUAAAAUCCCACAGCCCUUUGGAGGACAAGUCAACAUUAGCACCAACAAGAUUAAUAUAGCAAAUGACAUCAACAUCAGAUUCAGAAGAAGCACUUGUCAUCUCACCAGAGCCACCACCAGCACCAACAGCAGCAGCAGCAGCAGAAGCAGAAGCAGAAGCAUUCUCUUAGCAACUGCAGGCUUGCUUGCAGCUGCUGCAGUGAUAGCUUCAGCUUCAGCUUCAGCAGCAAUGGAGUCUCCUGAGAAUUCUGAGACUCUCUCCAACAUACCCCAGACUCUAUCUGGUGAGUGUGCUUUGCCCACAGAUUGCAAGAAGGCAAGAAUUCAAAGACCAAAAUCAAGAAAGGCAGAGUCUUGCACUAUCAAAUGUGUCACCACUUGCAUCAGAGGAGGUGAUGGCUCACCUGGUGAAGGCCCCUUCAAUGUCAGAAGGCCUCUGGUUGUUUUCAAGCAAGGAUUCAGAAGUCGUCAAUAUUGUUUGGUGGAGUGCUCAGAUAUUUGCAAUUUGAUUAAGGAUGGUGACGAUGGGCCUUGAUUGAUUUUUUUUAAUUUUUUUUUAAAAAGAUCUUUUUGUAACCGGAAAUUGUAUAGCCUUCAGUUUGAUUUCUUGUAAAGGAAGCAAGAGAUGUUCCUUUUUUUUUUCGGGGUUAAGAGUUUAUGCGUUUUACUCAAAUCAAAUAUUGUAAAUUUAACCUUACCAUGAAACUGUUAGUGUUUUCUACGCUUUUGGGAGGCAGAGUGAUGAAGAAGAAAGAAGAAUUUAGAGCAAGCAGAAUUUGGCAAAA